AUGCGGGAAGUUAAAAGCAUAAUAGAAAGUAUUGGACGUGAUCAUAGUCGUGCGGUUAAAUUUCGCAGUAAGAGUUGGUACAGUACUAAAGGCCUCCCUGUAAUGAGAGACCACUUAAAACGAGUUGAUAUCAGUCUUGAUGAUGUUGAUGGAUUGAACAUAAUUCAUGUAAGUGGUACAAAGGGCAAAGGUUCUGUGUCUGCUUUUUGUGAAAGUAUAUUACGAGCAACUGGGUUCAAAACAGGAUUAUACAGCUCACCACAUUUGGUAGAAUUACUUGAGCGAAUCCGUAUCAAUGGUUUAACACUGACAAGGGAUGCUUUCAGUAAAUAUUUCUUUGAUGUCUACAAUAAAUUAGAAAAAACCAGAGUUGAUGUUGUCAUUCUUGAAGUGGGCAUUGGUGGCGCUUAUGAUUGCACCAACAUUGUGCAAAGCCCGAGAGUGGUUGGCAUCACUUUAUUGGACUUGGAUCAUACAGAUUUGUUAGGAGACACGAUUGAUAGCAUAGCAUGGCACAAAGCUGGAAUAUGCAAGCCUGGCCGACCAGCUUUCACAAUCCCACAAGUAAAGGAGGCCAUGGAUACAGUGAGACGUAGAGCCAAUGAAAUACACGCGCCGAUUCAGAUUGUGCCCGACUUGGAUGAUUACGAUUGGCAAGGGAAGCCAAUGAAGCUUGGACUUGCUGGGGAACAUCAACGUAUUAACGCAUCUUUAGCAAUACAGUUAUGUAGGACAUGGAUAGAAGAACAUAACCUACAUCACUCAGACAAGAGAGCAGGGUUUGGACAUACUAAUACAUAUAGCAUGGAUGGCAACAUUCAGACAGCUUCAGCAUUCAAGUUACCAGCCACGUUUAUAUCAGGACUUCGCGACUGUUGCUUGCCAGGGCGUACACAAAUCAUAAAACAUGACAAUGUCACAUACUAUCUGGAUGGAGCCCAUACACCAAUGAGUAUGAAGGCUUGUGUUAAGUGGUUUAAAGAAGCAUCGGCAGAAGAAGAACAAAUUCUUAACUCACAACAUUUGGUAGACUUUCGUGAGCGAAUCCGUAUCAAUGGUUUAACACGGACAAGAAGUGUUUUCAGUAAAUAUUUCUUUGAUGUCCACAAUAAAUUAGAUUCAACAAAAUGCGGGUAUCCUGAAACUAUACUGAAUCGAUUCAGAUCCAUGACACUAAUGGCAUUGAAUGUGUUCAUACAUGAAAAGCUUGAUGAUGUUGAUGGAUUGAACAUAAUUCAUGUAAGUGGUACCAAGGGUAAAGGUUCUGUGACUGCUUUUUGUGAAAGUAUAUUACGAGCAAAUGGAUUCAAAACAGGAUUAUACAGCUCACCACAUUUGGUAGAAUUUCGUGAGCGAAUCCGUAUCAAUGGUUUAACACUGACAAGGGAUGUUUUCAGUAAAUAUUUCUUUGAUGUCUACAAUAAAUUAGAGUCAACAAAAUGCGGGUAUCCUGAAACUAUACUGAAUCAAUUCAGAUUUAUGACACUAGUGGCAUUGAAUGUGUUCAUACAUGAAAAGGUUGAUGUUGUCAUUCUUGAAGUGGGCGUUGGUGGCGCUUAUGAUUGCACCAACAUUGUGCAAAGCCCGAGAGUGGUUGGCAUCACUUUAUUGGACUUGGAUCAUACAGAUUUGUUAGGAGACACAAUUGAUAGCAUAUCAUGGCACAAAGCUGGAAUAUGCAAGCCUGGCCGACCAGCAUUCACAAUCCCACAAGUAAAGGAGGCCAUAGAUACAGUGAGACGUAGAGCCACUGAAAUACACGCACCGAUUCAGAUUGUGCCCGACUUGGAUGAUUACGAUUGGCAAGGGAAGCCAAUGAAGCUUGGACUUGCUGUGAACAUCAACGUAUUAACGCAUCUUUAG